AUGCCUCCAGCGAGGCUAUGUGGUGGUCCGAAUCUAGUCGACUGGGAGGAACCCUUCGGAAUUGAGGUGGACCCAUCUAUUACCCUUGAGGUUUUAUCUGGAUUGGUUGAAAUUGAACUUCACAUACCGUCUGCCCAGCAACACUACUUCUUGCAUGGGACCCCACUCCAAAGGCCCCCACAGACCACGCUGGCUGAAUGCGGGAUCACAACUGAUGAAAUCAUGGUGCUCAAAUUAGCCAAACCCUCGUCAUCUCGAUACACUCUUAAUCCUCGUGCACCACCUAUGGAUAACCAUUUAGACGUCCAGGCUCAAAGAAGAAUCGAGGAACAAAUUAGACAACAGUGCGUUGGGGAGAACCUGCAACAUGCCAUCGAAUUUACUCCUGAAAGUUUCGGUACAGUGUCGAUGCUGUAUGUGGACGUCGAAGUGAACGGUCAUCCAGUCAAAGCCUUCGUCGAUUCGGGCGCCCAAAUGACAAUCAGUUGA